UGGUAGGGAAUGGAAAUAGAAAGAAGGAAAAGAGGAACAUGAAAAGGGUCUCUGAAUCUAAUCCAUUUCUUCUUCUGCCUUUCUAAUCAACUUCCAUGCUCCAAAGCUUUUCUUCCCCUGCAACUGCAAUAUAUACUAUCGAUCAACCAUCACCUAAAUUCCUCUGAAACUAAAUAAGAGAACACCCCUUUACGGAGGAGAAAUACAGAGAGAGAGAGAGAGAGAGAGAGAGAUUUGGAGUGUGAGAAUGGUUACUGGGUGGAGAAGAGCGUUCUGUACAUCCAUCCCCAAGGACAGAGAGCCCAAAGUGUUAACAGAGAAACAACAUCAUUGUGACAACAGUAGCAAUCAAAGUCCCAAAAUCAGUUCCAAGUUUGGAUUUUUAUCCAACCCAUCAACGCCCCGGUGUCAGUCUCAGCCGGUAUCAGGCCCCAGCCUCCGGUGCCGAACUUCGGUGGCCACUGGUUCAGUCCCCAACAGCCCAAAACUCCAAUGCACCAGUCAGCCCAAAACUCCAAGGUUGUUCCAACUCUCCAAUCCCUCUUCACCCAAGUCACCAUCAAGCUUCUCGCUUCUCAAAGCCACCUUGCGCCUAUCCAAAAGUCGAUGCGGAAUCUGUAUGCAGAGUGUGAAGAGUGGUCAAGGAACUGCAAUCUUCACAGCUGAAUGCUCUCACACGUUUCACUUCCCUUGCAUAGUGAAGAAGCACCCAAUCCUCACGUGCCCCGUGUGCGGCACCACCUGGAAGGAACUACCGGUGUUGGCUAUCCACAACGACAAGCAGAUUAAGAAACCCACUGAGGGAAACAGAGAAACGAGGUCGUUUAAGGUCUACAACGACGACGAGCCCCUCCUCUCUCCCACAUCCCUAGCUCGAUUCAACCCCAUUCCAGAAUCAGAAAACGAAGAUGAAGAAGAUAACACUGAGUUCCAAGGGUUCAACGUCAAUCCAGUUGCUACUUUAUCAUCGUCGCCGGCAAUUACCAGCAACCUUGAGUUAUGCUUGUUGCCGGAGACAUCCAUUGUCGCCGCCAACAGGAACUACGAGACCUACGUUGUCGUCUUGCAGUUGAAGCCAUCGCCGUCUCAUAGGGCGGCGCGUCGGGCUCCAAUUGACCUCGUGACGGUUCUCGAUGUCGGCGGAGCCAUGUCCGGCCAAAAGCUCCGCCUGAUGAAAAACUCCAUGCGACUAGUGAUAUCUUCCCUUGGUCCCAACGAUCGUCUUUCCAUUGUUGCUUUCUCCGCGGGAUCCAAGAGGCUGUUGCCGUUGCGGAGGAUGACCGGCGGCGGCCAGAGGUCUGCGCGACGGAUCGUGGACGCGCUUGCCGCGAUUGACCAGGUCCGAGAAGGUGCUCUUGUGAAGAACGAUGCUCUGAAGAAGGCAGCGAAGGUACUCGAGGAUCGCAGGGAGAAGAACUCCGUCGCCACCAUUAUUGUCCUUUCGGAUAUUAACCACUCACGCGCUGCCGCGUCCAGCCAGAAACCCUCCCUGAUGUCCACCACGCGCCUCUGUCCGUUGGAGAUACCAGUCCACACGGUGCGUUUCCCAAACGAAGGCGAUUGUACUCACGCGCUUCCCGACGACGUGCUCGCGAAAUGCAUGGGCGGUUUGUUAAAAGUGGUGGCUCAAGACGUUAGGAUUCAGUUAGGAGUGGUGUCACGCUCGCGCCCUGUGGAGAUUGCCGCAGUGUACUCUCUGGCGGGUCGACCCACAGCCCUCGGAUCGGGUUCUAUAAGAAUCGGCGAUCUCUGCGCCGAGGAGGAGAGGGAAUUGCUCGUGGAGCUGAAGGUGCCCGCCGCUUUAGCUGGGUCCCACCACGUUCUGACCGUACGAUCAUCCUACCGGGACCCACUAACUCAAGAGGCUGUGAAUCCCGUUGAGCAAACAAUGCUGGUUCCUCGUCCCCACACCGUACGAUCAUCGAAUCCUAAGAUAGAGCGGCUGAGGAACCUCCACGUCACGGCUCGAGCAGUAGCCGAGUCAAGCAGGCUGGCUGAUCACUGCGAUUUCUCAGGUGCUCGUCACUUGCUAUCAUCGGCUCGAGCUCUUCUGUUGCAGUCGAGCAAGCUGGCCGAAGAGCACUUGCGCUGGCUCGAAGCUGAACAAGCCGAACUUCAACGGCGCAGACAACAGAGUCAAAGGAACAAUAGAAACAAUCGCGCCGAAGAGAAGUUGGAGCCGCUUACGCCGACUUCGGCGUGGAGAGCCGCUGAGAGGCUUGCUAAAGUGGCUAUCAUGAGAAAGUCUAUGAACAGAGUCAGUGAUUUACAUGGUUUUGAGAAUGCCAGAUUUUAGUUGUAAUUUUAUUUUAUUUUAUUGAAAUAUAAUCUUGUACAUAGA